CACACACCCAGCUACUAGGCGACUUAUUUAUUGUUGAUUCUUCGCUGCCCUGCUGACGAUGAGUGUGAGUAGCUGCUGUUAGCCAGCUAGCCAGGCGGGUAGGAUGAAGAACGGUUAUGGGCUUUUGCUGUGUGCGAUCAUUAUCAUCAUCGGGACUCCGCCGCUGCUGCUGGUCCAAGGUGCGCCGCUUCCGCAUUCAGAUCGUGCAGGAGCAACAGGAUAUGAGGUGUAUCUUUCUCUGGCUGUAUCUCUAUGUAUCUUGGUGGCCUUGGUGGUUCUGCUGGUCAGUUGUGUUACGUGCUGCAAGGGCCAGGAGAUCAACUUCAAGGAGUUUGAAGACCAUUUUGAGGAUGACCUGGAUUUCACACCCCCUGCUGAGGACACUCCCUCCAUGCACUCAAGUGCUGAGGUCUACACUUUGGCUGUGCCCCCAAUAGCACUUCCUGGACCACCACACCUCCAGCUAUUGACAACUACACAAGCCACAGGCUUGCAGGUGGCCCGUCACCGUCUGAGUUACAUCCAGGAAAUCGGCAGCGGAUGGUUCGGCAAGGUCCUGCUCGGUGAGAUCUACUCAGACCCAGGAGUGGCCAGGGUUGUGGUCAAGGAGCUAAAGGCUAAUGCCUGUGCCAAAGAGCAAAAUGACUUCCUACAGCAAGCGGACCCAUAUCGAGUUCUGCAGCAUCCCAACAUCCUGCAGUGUUUGGCACAAUGCAUGGAGGCCAUUCCUUUCCUCUCAGUCUUCGAGUACUGUGAGCUGGGUGACCUGAAGAGCUACCUGGUACAGCAAGACCGGAUGCUUCUGAGCACUGACCUGUUGCAGAAGAUGGCCUGUGAGAUCGCUGCUGGUGUCACCCACCUCCACAAGAACAACUUCCUACACAGUGACCUGGCACUGCGGAACUGCUUUGUGUCUGCAGACCUCACGGUGAAAAUCGGAGACUACGGAAUCGGCCCUUCCAAAUACAAGGAGGACUAUAUUUCAACAAAGGAAGAGAUUUAUGUUCCUUUGCGCUGGAUGGCUCCUGAACUCGUUUCAGAGCUGCAUGGCGCUCUCAUUACAGAGGAUCAAACCAAGCCUGGAAACGUUUGGGCACUGGGAGUGACGCUGUGGGAGCUCCUUGCGAGUGCUGCCCAGCCCUAUGCACACCUGUCGGACAGAGAGGUGCUAAUCCACGUGAUAAAGGAGCAGCAGGUUACACUUAGUGAGCCACAGCUGGAGCUGCCCUACUCUGACAGAUGGUAUGAGGUGCUGCAGUUCUGCUGGCUUCCAGCAGACAGGCGGGCCACAGCAGAGGAGGUGCACCGCCUGCUUACCUACCUCCGCAUGCAGGGCCAGAGAGACAUGGAGGAAGACUUUGAGCAGCGCUGGAAUGCCCUCAAGCCCAAUCCUGCAAAUCGCCAAGCUACCACCAGCCAGUCGUACUUCCCCAUCCUCAAACCGUUUGUAGAUGGGGGAAUGGACGAGGUGCUUACGGUGACUGAGACCAGCCAAGGCCUGAGCUUCGAAUAUGUGUGGGAGGCGGCUGAACAUGACCAUUACGGUCAGGGCCACACAGGCCAGGACACUACGCUGAACUACCGCAGCAUGUUCUUUCCAGUUUCACAGUACAACAAGUCUGUCCUGUCAAGCCCUGGUGCUGAUGUGGACAAUCAAAGUGUCUCCAUGGGGGUUCCUGGGAUUCAGUCCAUGAUUGAAGCUGAGGAGCUGGACACCACAAAAGAACACUAUAUUCAGUUGGAGGAGCAGGGGAACGGUAAAGAGGUGUCUGACACAGGUGAUAUUCCAGACCCCAGUGAGAAACUGGAACUCUCUCAUGUGAAUAAGCAAAAAUAUCUAGUUCUACACAACAGUAGACUGGGGGAGUCCAGCACUGACAUUGAUUUCUUCCGCAGCAGUGUAGACUCCAAGGAUUCCAAUGCACAAGAGGGCCAGGAGUGGUCCUCUAGCGAUCUGGAGAGCCCAUAUCGAACUAGUCUGUUUUGUGAGACCAGCUCGAAGAAUUAUGAUUCAGACUCCUGGAGCAGGAGUGUUCUAGAACUGCCAAAUAUCAGUACCAAAAGCUGGGCAAGUGAUGGUGAAAAUUCUUUAGAGAGGGGAGACCUGCAGAAAAGGGAGAGCUUUAGCAGUUUGUUUCAGGGUGAAGACUUGGAGGCUUUUUAUUCAGAGAACACAGAAAGGAACUCAAAUUCUACGAAUCUGCUCAGCACAGAGAGACUGAUGGACAACUUCCUGUUUCUCAAAGAGAAGAGUCUGAUGAAAGAUGGCCCAUGCUUAUCAGAGGGACACCAGGAUCUGGGUGAAGAUGUUUCAGCAGCUGGUUUGAGCAGCAGUCCAGAAAACCACUACAAAUUUAGUGGGGAUAAAGAUGAGAUUGUCUCAGGUGAACAUAAGACUGUAAGCAUUUUAGAAUCUGCUGAUAAUUCAGUUUCACCAAAAGACAAACUCUUAAACUUCCUGAAUCUAGAUUUAAAUGAUUUAGAAAUAAGUGAAUCACUGGUGCCUUCAAGUACACUGGUUGCAGGAGAAAACUUUAAUGACCAGCUACAAUUAAAUGUUUGCUCUUCCUCUGAAGAUCAUGUUCUAUUGCAUUCCUCUGAAUCUGGGAUUGAUUUUGUUUAUGACUUUUCUACCUCUCAACUGCCUGAAAGCCCUGAAGUCCCUGUAUGUUCCACAAAUAACCAGUCCCCUGAAUCUUGUUAUAGUGCCAAUAAAGACAUUGUGUGCACAGUUGCCAAAACCUCUAAUGUGGUAGAAAGUCUUGAAACAUCCCAGGGGGAUAUGUACUGGGCAGGAGUUAAACCCUCUGAAAACCACAGGCAAGGAUCCCCCCCUUUGAAAGAUGUGAAAGAUCUUUUAGCCAGUGAUGUAAAGCAUACUAAUAAUUUGGUGAGCAAUACAUUUAGGGAAGUUUCUAAUGGUACAGACACUGCAUCAUUUGAAGUUCCACAAACUAAUGACAGUAGUGUGGAUGAUCCUUUCUUGAGGCUUACAAGAUAUUUGCCUUCUGAUAAAUCUGAAGUACAGAUUUCUGAGUCGCAACUGAACGAGAGAAGUCAGGACAAUCACCUUGACAGCAGCACGCCAAACACUUUGAGUGUUGGAAGUACAGUGGGAACUCCUGACUCCCUAGAUUCCCUGGACUUGCCUGAAGCAGUGCAUCCAGCAGAGGCUCUCAGCAGCACUGGGCCUCAGAGACUUCAGAUUUCUUACAAAACAGCAGACAGUGGCUAUGAAACUGAGAACUUGGAGUCUCCUGAAUGGAACUCCCAAACUGUUCUCCAGGAUGCCCACGCAGAAAGGAGUACUCAGGACUUUGGACAACCACUGAUGGUGAUGCAGUCUCCCCCAGACAUUGUUGUAUCAGUAGCGGAUUGUGUGCAGGACCCUCAGAAGAAUGGUGUGGAUGUCGCCCAGGAGCAACCUCUUAUUCCAUCUGAUGUUGAACUCCACUGUGGGGGCAACCAGAGUUACCGAGAUUCUGCUUAUUUCUCUGAUAAUGAUUUGGAACCUGACAAGAUCUUGAGUGACUCCACUCUUGAGUUUGGUAGUUCCCCUGCACUUACAAUGCUUCUUACCAGAGUUGUUGAGAAGGAGGAGCAGCUUGAAGAGGUACCUGCUGAUGUUCAGACUGAGUCUACAGAAGCUACAUAUGUUCAAGAGGAAUCUAAUUCCAUGCUUGUAAAGAGUAAUGGUGCACCAGACCUUGUUAUAGAGGAGAACUGGGACAAGGAAGCUUCACUGUCCAUCAGUGACACUAAGAAAGUGGCACUUUCAGAGACCAGGUCUGGCUUGACUGCUCGUUUGAAUGAUUCUACCUCAGAGUGUGAGUCAACGAAGGAUUCCAUCUCAUCUGCAAUGUCAAACUCCAGUGAGGAUAAUGUAGCGCCCUCAAAAUUGAUAUCGUCUUCAGCAGGAGAAUCAACCAGAUUAAAGGAACCUGAUGUUGAGGGCAGGUACUUGGGCAAGUUGGACAACCUGGCUGUGCCAGGCAGACUUGAAGAUGAUACAGAUGCUGAUGAGGAAGAUGAUGAUGAUAGCGAUGACUGGGAGAACGACAUGGGCGUCUACCGGCAGCACAGCUGCAGUUCAGAAAGUGAGGAUGACACUGUUGAUAGAGUGCCCAUCAUCAUUACUGAUAGCAGUGAGGUUUGCAGUCUUAGAAGCUUGCUGAAGAAAACCUCAGCAUGCACUGGCAAGCCCUCACACCUAGGAAGUGGAAACUCUGUUCAACAGAUGAAGACUGUAUCGUUCUUUGAUGAUGUCACAGUUUACCUCUUUGACCAGGAUACACCCACCAAGGAAUUGAGUGACCACUUGUUGGAGUCCAGUGAGCCAGUACCUGAGUCCAGCAUUCCAGUGUCUCCCUUCAAUUAUCUUGGCAGAUUCACUAACUCUGAGAGUUCCACUGAUGAAGAAGGUGGUGGGUUUGAGUGGGAUGAUGACUUUGCCUUGGCAGAGCCCUCCUUCCACAACAGGGUAGCCAAUAAUCGUUCAGCGUCCAAGAUGGCUCCUUCGGGAGCCUCUCGCUCCUUCCCCCCACCACCUGCUGUGCGCACUGCAGAGCAGAGCUGGACUGAUGCCUCCACCUACUCCCGCUUCUCCAUUUCUCCUGUCAGCAUUGCCAGCUUCUCGCUUACCCACCUGACCGACUCUGACAUGGAACAGGGAGGGAGCAGUGAAGAUGGAGAAAAGGACUGAGCAGAGCAUGGUCAAAACAGACCUUGGAGUUUAUAAUGCAGGGCACACUGCUUUCAAGAAGAUUUUACUGGACGGAAAAUGGAGCUUCUGCUUCUUUAUAGCGAGUGCAAUGAAACUGGAAAACAGAGUGUAGAUGUUUGACCAUCCAUAGUUACCCAUGACCCCCCCAACCCUCUUUGUACACUAAGAACUCUCGUUUUUACAGCUUAUAUUUUCUUUUACUAACUGUGAUUCUUACUAGCUUUUACAUGCUGCCAGCUCUAUUCCAAGGUCUCCCUGGUAAAGAUGGACCUGUAGAUUUGGUCUUAGCUGAGCAGUUAUUGAGGAGUUGUAAUCUUUCUGUCAGUAUGACUGAAAUUCACCCAAGGUAAUACUUUUUAGGCACUGAGUGCUGAAUGGAGAUAUGGUUCAGUUCAAUGGACACAGUGCAUUUGUUUAAAAUAAAUGGAGUCUGCUCAGUAUGGGCUGAUCCACUUGCAAAAGGAGAGAGAUAAAGGCAAGCACUAUUUGCUUUCUUGUAGUCCAUGCAAAUUACAGAUAAUCUGAGUGUUUCUUUUAUUGGGGAAAACCUAAUUUGGGUUGGACAACAGGCACCUGGACAAAGAGACCUUUGAUCCUGUCAGUUUUUUUUUUGUUGUUUGUUGUAUUUUUUUUAAAUAAAUAAAUGGGUACGAUCAAGGUACGUGUACAGUAGCAAACAUCGAUAUAAUAACAUCAGUGAUUUACAAAUUGUCAUUUUUUUUUUCUUUCCCUCCAUGAUAUUACAUAUGGAGAGAAUUAGUCCAAAUUUCAGUCUAUCAGUAAUUUAAAGGACCAGUUCCUGUAUUUGUUAGGACCAGCUUCAAUCAAGAACAGUCGUCUUAUAGGUUUUAAUAACUACAUUAUUUAUGAUGGAAAUACUAAAUAACGACUGAUAAAUCAAGAGCUGAAGCAGAAAUUGGUCUGUGGUGACCUCUCAUUAUAAAACUAAGAAUAAUGGUGGGCAAUCAUACCCUGAAAGACCUGUAGAAGUGUGUUUUCUUUGUGUCCCAGCCCUUAAUUGAUACAUGUCUGCUUUGCUAGCAGUACCUGUUGUCUGAAAAUUAUCCUGUCAAAUAUUUAAAAUCUACCAAAGAUACAUUAUGUAAUUUCCAGAAGCAUCUGGUGUUUGUAUUGCUAGGAGUAAAAAAAAAAAACAAAACAGUAGUAGAACUGGAAAAAUUAGCCAUGCAAACUUUCGGUAUUGACCCAAGAUUCAUUUGUAUGAUGUGUUUAGGUAGGAGAUUGAGUUGUCCUACACAAAACACAAUGUGCUCAGCUUUUCAUCACCAUUGCUAUGGAAACGCCAAGCAUUAACAGCAAGAAGAAACUUGGUCCUGUUACAGUAUCUUUGAAUCGUCUCCUAAUAUUUAGAUGUAUUUGGUUCAAACAACCAUGGAAAAUUUAUAGAGACUGGUCAGGAUUCCCCACGAACACAAUCUUUGUCAAAAUCUGCAUGUGUUUUGUAGAGAUAAUGUAGAAAAUACGGAACAAGCGACCUUGUGGUUCUUACUGUCGGAGAGGUUGCUUAACUCCCUCUGUCCUUCAUGAUUUAAUUUACAAGGUGUAUUGUGUGACAUAUAAGACAGGGCUUUUUUUUAUUAUUUAAAUGCCAGAAUGUACUAUAGUUAGACACAAUGAUCAGGAAACAUGUGCAAUGAAGAUAUAUUUUCUUUUGUCUAAUUUCUGUAUGAAGGUUGCCUGAAUUUUGUGCACACUGAAUUAUGUAAGAGACAGAAGCUUUAGGAAAUAAUGUUUGUGGACAGAUACAGUACACUGAUAAUGUGCUGGUACAUUAUCAGCAUACUGUUUCAGACUCCAGAGUAACAUACUUUUAGCUGAGUCCAUUAGUCUGGAAGUACAGGGUUUUUACCAUGCCCCUCAUGUGCAAGUAAUGAGAACAAAUGUAACAAUACUUAGCAUAGUGAGACGAGAGGACUUUAAUGAUGAGGUGUUGAACCUGUUUAAGCAACACAAAGUAUUUUGUGGUUAUUUUUGGUUAUUUGGCUACAACAUUUUGCCCACAAUCACAGGCUGUCUCAUAUCUACAACUACAUGGUCACCUCCAUUAAUAAUAAUCAGGAGGGGAAAAGGAGCAGGUGACCUGGUGCUUGUCGUUGCCCGUGCUCUCACAGUGAACAUAAGAAGGGAUUCCAAAGAUUGUCGUAGAAGUUGACUGCACUUUAGCUUGGUUCUGUGUGGGUUUUUUCUUUUUUUUUUUUUUUUUUUUUUUUUUUUCUUUCUUUUUUAUUUUUAAUAAACACCCAAUCCAUAAAUCCCUUUUUAUGUCAGUAUUGUAGUUGAAGAGGUACUCUUGUAAAUGUCUGCAAUACCAGCAGCCUGUGCUACAGUCAGACUUGAAAUUUUAUUUGACCUUUAAGUUAUAUACACGUGUUUAAACCUUGCACAUCUGCAGAGCGUAACAAUGUUAAAUUGUCCUAAUGUAUAUAAAUGUUUAAUAUGUCUGUAAAUGAAGAGCGAUGUAAUGAAAUCAUAGGAAGUUUCAACUGAAUGGCUGCCAGUCGGCAGUAUUUUAUGGUUAAGAACACAUGGUAUAGUACAGUACAACGAUAUUGCGGAAGGAAAAACAAAGCUGUAAAUUUCUAAAAAUGAUUUUUACUUCACACUGAUU